GGCGCCUGCGGGGCGGGCCGCGGGGAAGGGCGGCGGGAGUUGGUGUUGGCGACCAAGACCACGGUCUCCUGGCAUUCCCCCCGGGCCGUGGGUGGGGGGGUGUGUGUCGGGGGGGGCCCCUGACACCGCCGACUCCGCGCCGUAGCGCAGGCCGCGCCCGCGGGCUCCACGGGCGCCCUCCGAGGUGGGCCCUGCGUUCUCGUUUCACAGGCGAGAAGGCUUGGGCAGGGAGACUGAAGCCACUUGUCCAAGGUCACGCAGCUGGUAAGUGGGAGCGCCCAGCAUGGAACCCAGGACCGCGGAGCCCGCGCUCCACCCUCCGGGUCUCCAACACCCAACUCCAUGCUUCGAGUCCUGCUCUCUGCCCAGGCCUCCAGUGCUCGUCUGUCUGGCUUGCUGCUGCUCCCACCAGUACAGCCCUGCUGUCUGGGACCCAGCAAAUGGGGAGACCACCGGCCUCCUGGAGGAGGCCCCCAUGCAGGCCCUGUGCAGGGAUUGCAGCGGCUUCUGGAACAGGCGAGGAGCCCUGGGGAGCUGCUGCGCUGGCUGGGGCAGAACCCCACCAAAGUGCGUGCCCACCACUACCCUGUGGCGCUUCGUCGUCUGAGCCAGCUCUUGGGGUCUCUGCCGCAGCCCCCUCCUGUGGAGCAGGCCACGCUGCAGGACUUGAGUCAGCUCAUCAUCCGAAACUGCCCCUCCUUUGACAUUCACACCAUCCACGUGUGUCUGCACCUUGCAGCCUUACUGGCAGAACUUCCAGCCCAGAAAACAGAGAUGAGAAGGACUGAGGAUUCACUAACUAAAACUGCAGGAUUGCAGCAGAGCAGAGCAGCUCCUUCCCUGCCUCCUUUGACCCUCUGCCUCUCAGGCUUCCCAUCAGAUGGGCCCCUGAUGUGCGCCCUGGAGCAGGAGCGAAGGUUCCGCCUCCCUCCGAAGCCACCGCCCCCUCUGCCGCCUAUCCUUCGAGGUGGGCAAAGGUUGGAAGCCGCUCUAAGCUGUCCCCGUUUCCAGCGGCGUCCUCAGCAGCACCUCAUCCGCAGCCUGGCAGAGGCCAGGCCCGAGGAACUGACUCCCCACGUGAUGGUGCUCCUGGCCCAGCACUUGGCCCGCCACCGGUUGAGGGAGCCCCAACUUCUGGAAGCCAUUGCCCACUUCCUGGUGGUUCAGGAAGCCCAGCUCAAUAGCAAGGUGGUACAGAAGUUGGUCCUGCCCUUUGGGCGGCUGAACUACGUGCCUCUGGAGCAGCAGUUUAUGCCCUGCCUUGAGAGGAUCCUGGCUCGGGAAGCAGGGGUGGCCCCCCUGGCAACUGUCAACAUAUUGAUGUCACUGUGUCAGCUGCAGUGCCUGCCCUUCCAAGCCCUGCACUUUGUCUUUUCCCCUGGUUUCAUCAACCACAUCAGUGGCACCCCUCAUGCCCUGAUCAUGCGGCGCUACCUCUCCCUGCUAGACACGGCGGUAGAGCUGGAGCUCCCAGGAUAUCGGGGCGCCCGCCUUCCCCGAAGGCAGCAAGUGCCCAUCUUCCCCCAGCCACUCAUCACUGACCGCGCCCGCUGCAAGUACAGUCACAAGGACAUAGUAGCAGAGGGGCUGCGCCAGCUGCUGGGGGAGGAGAAAUACCGGCAGGACCUGACCGUGCCUCCAGGCUACAGCACAGACUUCCUGCUGUGUGUCAGCAGCUGCGGCUCGGUGCUGCCCGUGAGAGCCCAGGACCCCUUCCUGCCGUACCCUCCCAGGUCCUGUCCCCGCGCCACCCGGGACCCUGCCCAAAGGGUGGUGCUGAUGCUGCGGGAGCGCUGGCACUUCUGUCGGGACGGCCGGGUGCUGCUGGGCUCCCGAGCCCUGAGGGAGAGGCACCUGGGCCUAAUGGGGUAUCAGCUCCUGCCGCUACCCUUUGAAGAACUGGAGUCCCAGAGAGGCCUGCCCCAGCUCAAGAGCUACCUGAGGCAGAAGCUCCAGGCCCUGGGCCUCCGCUGGGGACCUGAAGGGGGGUGAGGGGUGCACACAGGCUCAGGAUGGCCCCCUCGUUGGGGUGGACAAUUUGCACUUUGCUUCCCUUUGCUUUGACUUGUCAUUAAAGUCCCUCUCCUUCCCCA